AUGGCUCCCAAAAAGCUCACCGAUCACCUCCUUGCUCACAGUCCAGAUGCCUUUACCACCGCAACCAAUCACCCAUGGCUCCGUCUCGCCGGCACAUCGAAGCUACCUACUUCAGCCCUACUAGCCUGGUUGACACAAGACCGUCUUUACAUCUUCUCCUACAUUCCCUUCAUGGGCAACAUGCUCGCUAAAGUUUCAAUUCCAUCUGCCUCACGCAAGAAGUCGCUCGAAUGGCGCGUUGCCGACUGCUUCAUUAACGCUCUCACCAAUGUUCGAAGGGAGCUUGGCAUGUUCGAAGAUGUUCUACAAGAGCAUUUCGAUUGGAAAGAAGGAGGCGAGACAGCGACAAAAGAGACAAGAGCAUACCAGGACAUGUUCGCUGGUGCUGGUGCACCAAACCAGAGCAUACUCGUUGGCAUGACAGCACUCUGGGCCACCGAGAAGUGCUAUCUCGAAGCUUGGAAGUAUGCUCUGAGCUUCAAGGAUGAGGUGCCAGAGGACAAGAAGUCGCAUGUCUUGCAUACUACCUUAAUACCCAACUGGACUUGUGGCGAGUUUGAGGAGUUUGUUGUGUGCAUUGGUGAGCUUCUAGACGAGCUCGCGGCAGAUGUUGCUGAAGGCAGCAAGGAGUGGGUCAAGUGUGAGCAAGUCUGGGAGCAGGUCUUAUGGGCUGAGGAGAACUUCUGGCCCAAGGUGACGCAGGAGUAG